AUGGCGUACACACACAACUACUACCACAUCCUCGGCCUCGACGCGCCUGGCCCCGCGUCUCCGGCCGCCCGCCCCAAGAGCGCCGAGCUGCGCCGCGCGUACAGGACUGCGCUGCUCAGGGCGCAUCCGGACAAAGCCAGCACGACUGCGACCGCGACUGCAGCCAAGGCGGAGCGAGGGCAGAGAGGAGAAGUAGCAGGAAAGGGAGGCGCCGCAUACACGGUCGACCAUGUCAGAGAGGCGUUCCGCGUCCUCGACGAUCCGGCGAGCAGGGCGCGGUACGAUGCCUGGGUCGUCACGACUCCGCACUUCCUAUCCUCGUCUGCGGGGAGUCACUUGGGUACCGCUGCAGCUGCAUCGGGCGUGCAGACGCUCAGCGCGGACUUUGUGCUUGGCCUGGAUGUGCUGGAUCUCAGUGACUUCCGCGAACUGGACUCCGGCCCCGAACAGGAGGUGGAGUGGUGCCGCGCGUGUCGGUGUGGUGAGCAAGUGGGGUUUCGUAUCCGAGAAGAGGAUCUUGUGGAUGCGGAGCAAAGGGGCGAGGGGGAGGUGCUUGUUGGGUGUCAGGGGUGUAGUUUGUGGGUCAGAGUUGGGUUUGGAGUUGACGAGGGCUGA